CUCUCGGACUAUUUUCACUUUUCAAUGACAAACAGGGCUCCUGUGAGAUCUUUAAUUUGUGGCAGAAUGUUUUUAUUCGUGUCUUUUCUUUUUAAUAAUUGUUCUUUACUCAUUCAUGUUUGGAAAGCUUUUUAUUGCUGUCGUAGUUAACCAUAAGAGGAUGAAAAUUCCAUCUGACUUGAACCGGAAAAAAGGCUCGACAACGUCAUCAUACCUUCGAGUCAUUGGAGCAAAUAGAAAAACAAGGCAACUAGUGAUUAACGAGGGAACUUUUGCUAUUUGAAGCGGGUCCACAAAAGCAAGCCACUUAAAAGAUUUCAUGUACAAUUGUAGAUCACGAAAAUACGCUUAUCCUAUAUGUAGAGAAUACGUUGGAGAAACCUUUGGUUUGUAAAGUACUUAAUAGUUUCUCGUGUGUUGUAUCUCGAACUAAAGCAAAGGAAGAGAGAACAGUAGAACGUAAGCACAAAUGGAUUAUUCAAACGUUUCAUUCAUUGGACUUUGGUUUAUGAUAAGCAGGCGUAAAUUGCGGGUGCGGAAAGGAAGAAUGGGUUCAUGCCUGUUCGACGUCCAAGGUGAACUUUGUAAACAGGAACUUGUAUGCAAAAAUAGGAACGGGAUAAAAGAAAUACAGGGUUAAAGAUUUCACCGGAAACCAGAUCAAUCAAAACAAACUACUUUGUGCUCAACUGUGCGACAAGACUUUUGUUCCUUAUGAGCAAUUAUAUAUUUAGUGAAAAGUUGCUCUCUCGGAACUGUUCGCGAAGAUCAACUAAACACGUUGAUAUUGCCAUCGGUUUUAGAUGUUUUGUCGAGGUACAAAGAAAAAUUUUCGGGCGGGUAUCCCGGCUGAAUAAUCCUCUUACAAAGGUUCAAGACGUUCUUCACGGUUGCAACAUGGAUCUUAAGAUCUAUAAAGGGCUUGGUGUUGUAACUGGAAAAUUCUACAACAUGCAUCAGGAUUGGUCAAAGGCUCCAGAAUGGGUGAAGGAACAUUAUAAGAUUGAGGAGCAGCAACAUUGUGGUGAUAUUACCAAUAUUCGACAAGGCGCCAUAAAGGGAGUUGUUCAGGCAGUCGGUGAAUUUGCUAAGCAAAGUCCAUUAGACGCAACUCUGAUGGGUAAGGAGAUGGCUAAGACUGUGGGAAUUACAGACCAACAGGGGUUCGCGUUUUCUUCUGGAUUCCUUCAAACUGCAAACUUGAGUCAAAAAUGAUUGAAAGGUCAUACCAGUUCAGCGGUUACAUUUCGAGCUCACACAUGAUAUAAAAACUGUUUGUUUACCUUAGUCACGGUGCGAAACAAUUUUAACACAAAAAAUAUGGAGUGAGGUGUACUCGGGUAAAUUUUAAAUUUUGAUUUUCAUUUUUUGUUUCAAGAAUGUCGGCUCCUAAUGAGGUUCUUUUAUAGAUAAUAUAUCGAAAGUGUAUUGCAAACCCAAUCUCUUAACGAACACCAGUCUUUCUUUAAUAACAAACAGUCAGCCAAACGAGAAAAUGGAAAAAAUAGGAACUCCAACGUAUGUACUCCAGGUAGACGUUUCUGAUCUCAGGAAUAAAAGACACACACUCAUAGGAGAUUUUGUUUGUUUCUUCCUAUCUUCUCUGUCUUCGUUACCAGUACCAAUCCGUUAGGAAGACCUUGUCUGAAACAUAACUACCGUUAAGAGAAUACAUUUUCUUGCUAACAUUGACUAAAAACGUAGUUACCCUUGCCUGCCCCCUUGCCUUGACUUGAUUGCUGAAGUGUUUCGGUUGAGAGAUUUUCCAUGCUCAAAGUCACCUUUCCUACUGACGUGUGCCUUGCUGACUAAACCGAUUGUAUAAUAUAACAACAAACACUGACAUGCAAUGUGAAGGCCAGACGUUCAAUCGUUUGCUUUUAUUGCAUUUCGUUGCACAUAAUCGGCUUAAUUCCUGAAUUUGUGUCAAUAAACUAUGCGUUUCCUUCUCGUG